AUGGAAGAUAUGAAGAAAGAGUUAUAUGAAGAAUAUCUUAAUUUAGAAGAUAUAUGGAUAAUAUGGAACAGUAUACUAGAUGAGUUUAAUUUAAAAUGGAAUAAUAUUAACAUUAUUUACAGUUGUUAUGAACAGUGGGGGGCGAAAAAUCCAACAUAUAUCGCUAAUAAGAGUGGCAGUCCAGCUCUACCAGCUCAAGCUCUACCAACAUAUGCAACAACUAAAACCGUAAUAAUCACAACAACAACAGCGGUAGCAGCAAAUGUAUCAGAAGUAGAAUCAACGUUUAUGCUUUUUUUUAGUAAGAAGGUACAAGGAAAUUUAUCAUAUAUCGAUGAAAAUGUUAUUGAACAAAUGAAACAAGAUGUUCUACGAGAUAUUAAGCAAGAAUUAAAACAAAAGAUAAGAACAAAAGCAAUGACGUCAUUGGUCAGAAAUAAUAAUGUUGAAGAUGAUAAUAGUGAUAGUAAAAAUGAUAAUAGAUAA